UUCCAGUUUUUUUUUUUUAGCAAAUCAAUUUUGAAAGUGAUGUUGCUGACAACCAAUCAGAGAAGGAGGCGGUUCGUUCCUUGGCCGUAACUGAGGUGAUGAUAUUAGUAACGGUAUUAAUAAUAAUAAAAAACAACUCGCAAAUCAAAAAUGUCUGGUCUCGGAGGUAGUAAACGAACUCGUCAAGAGACUUUGAUACAAUAUUUUGGCAAUAGUAGUAAAAAACAGAAGAUCGUUUGUUGUACGGCAGAAGCAGAACCUACAGUGGAACCAGAACCUACAGCAGUUGAAGAAAAAAGCGCGGAGAAACAGCCAUGGCCAAACAUCUGGAGUUCUGAGGUAUGGGAAGAAAAGAAACAACUUUACACUUUCCUUGACUGUGCGGAUGGUAAUCUGGGCUGUCGUGUUUGUAGACGUGUUUCUGCGCUGUCAGUUUUGAAAAGUCAGGGUGUUUCUCUGUCUUCUGAGUGGAAAAAUUACAGUGUUGGGUACAAUGGAAAAACUCGAGAGCAACAGCUACGAUCUUUGAGAAAAAAGAUAGCUGAACACAAGAAAUCCAGCGCUCAUAACAAGGCCACUGCAUUGUUACAGCAGAACACAGAGGACAUUAUUGGGAAAUGUGUUGACAGUGCAAAAAGGCGAGAUCACGAAACUACCUGUAAAAUAUUUUCUACUGCUUACUACCUUGCAAAACAAAAUCGACCCUAUUCUGAUCAUCAGGCCUUACUGGAACUGCAAGAAAUAAAUGGUGUUAAUGUGGGAACUGGUCUUCAUUCCAGAUACAGCGCCACUCAAAUUAUCAACCACGUUUCUGAUGAAAUGGUCAAAAAGGCCUGUGAGAGAAUAAUACACAUCGAUGGAAAAAUUGCUGUGUUAAUUGAUGAAUCAACAGCUCUGAAUGGUUCCCCAGCACUUAUUGUGCAUCUCAAAUGCGAGACAGACAAGACACGUGACCCUCACUUCAUGUUUUUGGAGUUAGUUGAACUUUUUGAUCAGUCAGCUGAGUCCAUAGUGUUAGCGCUUACUAAGUGUCUUCAAAAACACGGGUUUGACCAUGCAUACUUACAGAAAAAUCUUGUUGCAUUUGCAAGUGACGGUGCAAGUGUAAUGCUUGGGAAAAAAUCUGGUGUGGCAAAACGAAUUUCAGACAUGUACCCCAACAUUGUUGUCUGGCACUGUCUAAAUCACAGACUCGAACUUGCAGUUGCCGAUAGUGUUUCUGAGACUACUGGCAUGAACCAUUUUCAUUAUUUCAUGGACAAGCUAUACUCAGUCUACAGUAGAUCAGCACUAAAUCAGCAAGAACUCCGAAAUUGUGCGAAGGAACUGGAUGCUGUCUUGAGGAAAAUUGGUCGUGUACUGGAUGUGAGAUGGGUUUCCAGUUCGUUCAGGACUGUCUCCGCUGUGUGGGAAAGUUUUGAAGUUCUGUCGACUCAUUUUAAAGCUGCCGUAAGCUCUAAGCGGACUUCUGCUGAAAGAGCGACAUACAGCGGUCUACUGAAAAGGCUGUGCUCGCCAGAAUUUCUCAUUGACCUCGGAGUUAUGUACGAUGCCUUAUACGAACUUUCACUGCUGUCAGAGAUUCUCCAGAAACGGACUACUACAUUGGUUUAUGCAGAUAAAAUGGCACGUAGAACAGUAAGGAUUUUUGAAUCCAUGAAUGAGAAUGUAGGUACAAAGACUCUUGAAGCGCAGAUAGCUGCCAUGGAAGGAACAUUUAAAUCUACAGUGCUGACGUCGAAUCCCAAACAUGUAAAAAUAAAUCAUAAACAAUUCCUUACCAAACUCGCCAAUCAUAUGAAAGAACGACUUUUUACAACCACUGCAUCAAAUGAGAAGGCUUCUUCCGAGGUGAAUUGCCAAAAAUAUGAAAGUCUUCUUUCUGAGCUCUUGGUCCUGGAUCCACACCACUGGCCUGCAGAACUACCCCAGGGUUAUGGCGAAAAUGAAGUUGAAAGAUUGUGUCGGCGCUUUCAGCUAAAUGAACGUAUUAUCAAAAAUGCAUUUCGAGAUUUUAAGGAGAACAACGGAAGAAUUCCAGAUGAUUUAGCUCCACUUAUUAACUGCACACGUGUGAUCCCGUGCAGUACUGCUGAAUGUGAAAGGGGAUUCAGCCAAAUGAACUUAAUUAUAACUGAUCAGCGUUCCAAAAUUUUAAUCAAACAUGCUUCAGCCUUAAUGUUUAUCAAGCUUCAUGGACCCCCUUUGAGACAGUGGAAUCCAAGCCCUUAUGUGACCACUUGGUUGCGACACAAUCAUCGAUCCGCAGAUGACAGCCGUACACGGGUGGCAGCUCCAAUUUCCAGCGACUCCCCUGACGCUCUGUGGCAGUUCCUAUAGUUGACUAAAAACAACCUGUGAUUGGUAAGUGCAACUUUUAAUUUUCUAUAGAGAGGGGAGAUUUUACAGAAAUUUGUUCAGUAAAA